UCUGUCCAUUGGGAGGCAGAAGACAGGAAAUGACUGCCAUGAACGUGGUAGGAUUUUCACUAAAACAGCAUUUUGUAAUUCAGGCCUCAUACUGUCCGCAGAUGUUUUUCUGCCUAAUACCAGCCAGGUGCCCUCCCCCUUGGCAAUUCUCCCCCUGCCUCCUCAUGACUGCAGCCUUUGGAUUCUCAGUUCCUGGCUGCUCUCCACACUUCAUUCCUGUCAGAACCCAGGCAUCCUGGCCUCCAGCUGAAAGCACUGCAUGUGGCUUCCCCUACCCCUGACCCCGUGACUCAGUGCCUCUGAGGGAACCAGCCCUUUUCUUGGCACUCAGGGGCUAGGUGGUGACAUCAGAGUUGAGGGGUAUAAAAGUUCUCAGUCAAAAUAGAAUUGAAGAUACAACCUGACAGUGGCCUGUGACGGGACCUUUCCGCCUGAUAUCCACAGAUGUUUGGAGGCAGAUUCUCACUGUGUCAAGGCCUACCCACUGGCUCCAUGUUGGGCUCUCUUUACCUUCUGUGGCUUGUGGCUAUGACCACCUCCUUGGUUUCUAAGGCUCAGGUCUUGACCCCCCAAGACUAUGAGGAAGAUGACGAUGAGGCGGUAGCCACACCUUCCUUGGCUGUGCCUUGCGACUAUGACCGUUGCCGCCACCUGCAGGUGCCCUGCAGGGAGCUGCAGAAGGCUGGGCCAGUAGCCUGUUUGUGCCCAGGGCUCUCCAGGGAAGAUCGCCAGCCAGACCCUCCGCGGCUGGGAGAAGUGCACAUUGUGGCUGAGGAAGGCUGCGCGGUUGUCCACUGGUGCGCUCCCUUCUCUCCCGUCAAGCACUACUGGCUUCUGCUUUGGGAAAGCAACGGGGCUCCACAAAAGAGUGGCCCCCUCAACGCAACAGUUCGAAGAGCAGAGCUGAAGGGACUGAAGCCUGGGGGUACUUACGUGCUUUGUGUGGUGGCUGCUAACGACGCUGGUGAAAGCCAUGUUCCUGGAGCAGAUGUUGAGGGUCCUGACAACUGGACUGACCCUUCCUUUGGGCCUUGUCGAAAGCUUAUCAUGCCGCCUAAACCGCUCACCCUGGUCUACGCAGCCAUGGGAGUGGGCACAGCUCUGGCUCUGCUGAGCUGUGCCGCCCUGGUUUGGCAUUUCUGCCUUCGUGAACGGUGUGGUUGCCCACGACGUCACGGUACAGCCCAAACUUCAGAAGCUCUCUGAUGGGAGUCCCACCGACUAGAAACAACUCUGGUGCAUUCCAGGCACAUCUGGAGAGCCCAACCCACUCCCAGGAGGAGUAUGGGGCCUGCUGCCACCUAGCACCAGCGGUAGAGCCAAGCCAGAGCAGAACCAGGCAAUUGGCCAUGGAACUGAGAGCCUGAGAGCUUGUUUAGUCCCUAACUAACUCAUCACUAUUUCCCCCUGAGGGCUAGGAAGGAGUAGCAAUUAUUUCUUGGGGGUCAGAUGUAAAUGUUUUAAGCUUUACGUGCUUGCGGGGGUAAAAUAGCAUAUAUCACAUAGGUACUUAUACAUAGGCAGUUAAAACGGAGCUAUUUAAGGCCCUGCAUGGUGGUCUACAUUUCUAAUCCCAGCACUCUGGAAGGAGAGACAGGCAGAUCUCUGAGUCCAGGGCAGCUUGAACUACAUAGAAAAUUCCAAGUCUACCCAGAUUAUAUACUGAGACUGUCACUAGAAUAAAAUAAAACAAAAGCAAAAACUAACAUCAGGGGCCUGGGGAGAGAGAUGGUUUAGUAGUCAAGAGCACUAGCCUUUUCCAGAGGACCAGAGUUCUAUUCCCAGCACUCACAUAGCAGCUCACAAUCAUCUGUAACUCCAUUUCCAGGGGACCCAAUGUCUACUCCUGACCUCUGCCAACAUAGGCACUCACAUACAUGCAUACAUUUAUAUAUAUGCAAAACACUCAUACACAUAAAAUAAAAAUAAAUUUAAAAAUGUUAACUGUCCAUAGUUCAUAAGCCUUCCAUGGCAAGCAGCAGGUCAGGUUCUUCCUGUUGGCUGGACUUUGCCAAUACAAGUCAUACUUUCUCAAAGCUGCUCUGCAGCUGUGAGUGCCUACCACAUAUAUUCUGAGAAUAAGCUUCCUUCCUUGAGUAGGAGUUGAGACUGGAGCUCUGCCUUCUCCUACCUUUUGUUUGCUAAGGAUGAGCCUGUUCAGAGUUCAACUGUGUCUGGGAGAACUGAGAAUUAAGGAUCAGCAUGAGCUGGAGGAGACAGAAGGCCUAAGCUGCAGCCUACACAAGUUAUCGUUUUUUAUUAGUUAUUAACAGUUUAUACCAAUGACUCCCCAAGUGUGUGUAACUGUUUAUCCGCUGUAAUAACAUUAAAGGCAAAUUAAAAGCA